UUAAUAUUAAAAUAUAUAAGUUUCUUCUUGCGAAGCAAAAAUUGUGGAAUAUGGCUAACAGUAUUGAUAACAAUAUGGCUGACAAUGUUGAUGACAAUAUGGCUGACACUGUUGAUGACAGUAACGCCGUUGAUGACAAUGCGGAAGACAUACCAAACUUAUUGACACCAAGUUGUGAUAAUUCCAAAACGAUGGCUAAGAGAGGACGUCCAAGCGUCAAAAUCACACGCAAUGCCGAUGGAAAGAUUGAAUGUGAUUUUUGCGAUAGUACAUUUACCCAACUUAGUUCUUAUAAGCGGCAUAUGUUCAUCCAUGCAGGAAUAAAGCCGUUUGUAUGUGAAUAUUGUGACAAAGGAUUCCGACGGCGUGCUGUAUUAAAAAUUCACAUACGCCUACACACAGGUGAUAAACCUUAUAAGUGUGAUAUAUGCACCUUAGCGUUCACCUCAAAAUAUGGUUUAGAAACACACAAAAAACGUCAUAAUGCUGUAACUAAAAAAAGUACGCGAAAAUAUUAUUGCAAAGUUUGUCGAAAAAAGUUUAAGAGCCAUGACGAAAAAAUGCUGCAUCACCAAACAAAUGAUUCACCUUGCUUUCAGCAAACUAAGGCUAAAUAUAUUAAAGAUAAAAUAUCAGGUCCGACUACUGCGGCAUCAUCUUUUACUUGCAUUACUUGUCACAAAAAGUUCUCGACCACAAAAGAUUUAUUUAAUCAUCAACAAGGACGUAACGUUAUAACCUUUGAGUGUAAACAUUGCAAAAUUCUGUUUCCUAGUAAAACUGAACUGUUAUACCAUCACAUAAGAUCACAUAACGGUGAAGAAAAUGAUGUGAUUUGCAACGAUGAAAAUAAUGCCUCUUCAACAGUAGUCAACAACGAUGUUAUCAAUAUUGAGAAAUUAUCAGUUUAUGAAUGUGAUGCCUCUUCAACAGGCAACGAUGUCAUCAACAAUGUAGAAUUAUCAGUUUGUAAAUCUAGUACAUCUUCAAGACCAGGCAAUGCCGUGAUCAACAAUAAAAUACCAUGUGAAAAUGAUACAUCUUCAAUUAAAAAUAGCGACGGUCCGCAUUGCUCCAAACACACAAACUUGAAUAACAUCGAAAAAGCAAAUCCAUUUAUUGCAUUUUUUUCACUUUAUAAUACUAAUACUACCAAAGAAGUAGGUUCAAAACACCACCAAUGUACAGUGUGCAACACUGUAUUUACAACGGGAUCGUCAUUGAAAGUACAUUUACGUACACACACAAAAGAAAAACCAUUCGAAUGCACAUUUUGCUUAAAACGAUUCACCCGCAAUAGUCUUUUAAAAGUGCACCUAAGAACUCACACUAAAGAAAAAUCAAAUUACCACAAAAACUACAAAUCACAAGUACAUAUCGAACGUAAACACGAGCAUCGCACAAAAACAGAAGUUAUUAAUCCCUCUACCACUCAUUGCCACCAACCGGAUUCCGAUUUAGAGAAAAUUUUCGACUUUAUUUACAAGUGUGAAAUUUGUGGUAAUGAUUUCAAUGACUACACAAUAUAUAAAAAUCAUGUAGCGACACAUGAAUUACACGAGAAUCCCACGGCAACGGAAAGUGUUAAUCAUAGCUCUAAUUGCCACCAAUCGGUUUUUGAGGACACCAAAUCACAGGAGAGUACCGACGCUUAUUUCAAAUGUCAAAUCUGUGGUAAUGAGUUCAAUAACUAUGCAAUAUAUAAACUCCAUGUAGCGGUACAUGAAUUAUAUGAGGAUCCGUCGGAAACGGAAAGUGUUAAUCUUAAUCAUACCACUCAUUUCCACCAAUCGGUUUUUGAAGAUUCCGAUUCACAGGAGAGUACCAAUAUAGAUUAUAAGUGUGAAGUUUGUGGUAAUGAGUUCAAUGACUUUACAAUAUAUAAGAACCAUGCAGCGGCACAUGAAUUACUGGAGAAUCCCACGGAAACGGAAAGUGUUAAUCAUAGCUCUAAUAGCCACCAAUCGGUUUUUGAAGAUACCGAAUCACAGGAGAGUACCGACGCUUAUUUCAAGUGUCAAAUCUGUGGUAAUGAGUUCAAUAACUAUGCAAUAUAUAAACUUCAUAUAGCGGUGCAUGAAUUAUAUGAAGAUCCGAAGGAAACGGAAAGUAUUAAUCAUACCACUCAUUUCCACCAAUCGGUUUUUGAAGAUUCCGAUUCACAAGAGAGUACCGAUACGAAUUAUAAGUGUGAAGUUUGUGGUAAUGAGUUCAAUGACUUUACAAUAUAUAAGAACCAUGCAGCAGAACACGAAUCGCAAGUGCAGACCACAGCAGAAUAUAAAAGCGAUAAUCGUUCAAAUGACUUUGGAUUGAUUAUUCCAAAUUUUUUUGACGAAGAUUAAAGGACCAAAGAUUAAAGGACUGAAAGCUCACCUAUUUUUGUUAUUCUGUCAAUAUAUAAUAUAAGAUAAUUUUUUAAAAAUAAUAAUUUUGUAUUAACGAAAAAAGUAGUGGAAAAAAAGAGUUUAUGCUCCGGCCAUGCCAAAGGCAACCGACUGUACUCUACCGAAAAUUAGCAAUAUAAGUCUUGAAUAUAAAAUUUGUAUACUUGAUAA